AGUCACACAUUAUUUAUGUUUUACCCCUUUUGUAUUCUUAUAACCGAUGGAACCAAUUCAGUUUCCUGAUAUGAUUUCAUUUAUGCUAAUGCUGAGCCAGAAAGAAAGCGCCUCCUAUCAGUUUCUGUUGAUAGUACAGCCAACACUUCUGCUUACAUUUGGUAGCCUUGUAACCCGCUGUCUUUAUACAAAUGUGGUGAUAUCAAUUUUAAUAAUAACUAUUAUGUUGAGCCCCUUUGUAUCACCACAGGAGUGCAGUUUGGCUCUAAUUUGGACUUGGACGAAGAAGAAAUCAUCGAUUUUUCUUUGACCGUCUUUGAGUCAUCCUGCGUUUACUUCGACGAAGAAGUCCACUUGUGGCACAGCGAUGGGUGCGAAGUCGGCCCGCUGACCAACAUGACGCAUAUCCACUGCCGGUGUGACCACCUGACCAAGUUUGCCGGGUUUGUUCCGCCGAACCCGCUCAACAUCGCGGAGGCGCUGUCUGCAAACGUCCUGGAGAAUCCGGCAGGAAUGAUUCUGGUUCUAGCCGUGUUCGCUUCGUACCUGUUUGGAAUACUGUUAACAAGGAAGGCGGACAGAAGAGACUUACUCAAGGCUGGAGUUGGAAUACUUCCGGGUCAUACUCUGAACCCACGGAAGGAAUGUCAAUACGUCAUCACUGUGUACACCGGCUUCCGGGGGAAUGCUGGGACAACUGCUGAGGUAACAAUAGUCCUCGGUGGACUUACCAAAGAGAGUACCCCCUUCAAACUGCGGGACGAAAAGCGGGUUCUGUUUGAGAAGGGAAGCGUGGACUCGUUUCUUCUGUCUACGGAAGAACCGCUGGGAGAGCUCUCCCAUCUGCGCGUCUGGCACAAUAAUAAAGGCUACAGUCCGGGGUGGUGA